CAUCUCAAAACUCUUUACAUCCUUUGAAAUUAUCCUAUUUUUUGAUAAUUUUCCAAUGAAUUCUCUCUUCUUACAUUCUUCUCUUGUUCCAUCAGUUACUUGCAAACCUCGGUCGUUUCCUCUCAGGAGGCCUAUACGUAUAUGUGCCCUACGUGGUUCUCAUCAUAAUACUCGGAUAUUUGCUCCUUUGAUAUCCUUUCCAGCCUUACAUAUUAGUAACUCAAUUGCCUGUUCUUCAACUCCUUCAAAUGAAGGUGUAGUAUCUGUAGUCAAUUUUGAAGAUUUAGUUGAGAAGGACUUUUCGUUUCUCGAUUCAGAUGAUUUUAGUUCCAUAGAAGAGCAUGGUCAAAAAAUUAGACGGAUUAUUUCUGCUGGAGAGAUUGUAGAAAGUUCUCAGGUUAUGGUUUCCAUUUCUUCAGAAGGAUUUGUUGAUCAGUUGUUUCAAUUAGCUCCCUCCCGAAGUUUGCUUGUUGUUCAUGACUCUAUUCUAACGUUAGCUUGUAUUAAAGAAAAAUAUGACAAAGUUAAGUGUUGGCAAGGAGAAGUUAUAUAUGUUCCAGAAAAAUGGGGACCUUUCGAUGCUGUAUUUCUCUAUUAUCUUCCCGCCAUGCCAUUCGAACUUGACGCAAUUUUUGGAGCACUUUCAGAACGUUGUGUUGCAGGUGCAAGACUAGUUAUUAGCCAUCCUAACGGAAGGAAAGCAUUAGAGCAAGAACAACAACAGUUCCCAGAUGUCGUAGUUUCAGAUUUACCUGAUAGGAUGACUUUGCAAAAAGCGGCUGCAGAUCACUCGUUUGACUUGACUGAAUUUAUAGAUGAGCAUGGAUUUUAUCUAGCAAUUUUAAAGUUCAACAAGGACAUAAGUUAAGUCUUAAUAUUUCAAUAAAUUUUAGCAGUUCAUGUCUAAUUCUUGCUGCAAACUUUGGUGAUUUGGAUAAACAAAAUUUUGCCAUUUUUAUCAUUUAUAAUUGGUACAAUACAUACUAUUUUAUGAAAUCCUGAAGCAGGUCAAGUUCC